CCAGCCCUUUCACAGUGAACCUCCUCCCGAAGAAAUUCUCCGAGACUGAAGCGGCGGCCGCAGGAAGAGGAGGCGCCACAGCCGCCUGAUUUUGGCACGGGGUCUGUUGGAAAAGUUGUUUCGUAGCUCCCCGCCGGAUCCUCCUCUGCUGCUCGCCUCUCUUCCUUGUUCUUCGGGGUUACCGCAGAGUCCCGUCAACACGCCUCAAAGGGAAAACGGCCUGCGAGGAGCCAACGCGCCUCCUCAGCCGUCAUGUCGCAGCCAGCGAAAGGCAAGAAACAACCCGCCGCGGGCUCCAAAGACCAUGGAGAUAAAAAUGCAAGUGGAGCAUCAAAAGAGAAGAAAGGAGCAGAAGCAACUGAGAAGAGAACUGUAAAUACUAGCGAUAUUGAAUUGCCCAAAAGCCAGACCAGUGGAGUUUCUUCAGUCAAUAAGGCCCAGACUUCUGUUGCAUCAAAGGCAUCAACUAUGAAACCUGCUGAAACAAAGGCUUCCUCAAGCCAACAGCAGACACGUGGAGUGGAUUCCCAGAAAAGAAAAAGAAACAGGAAGAAGGCAACUCAAAAACCAAAGACAGAACCUGAAAAAGCACUACAAGACAAAAAGGCAGAUGAACCUCAACCUGUCUGUCCAGUUGAAGGGAAGCAGAGAGAUCCUGGAGGGGCAAAAAGUUCGAGCAAAGAUUCUUUAGGGAAGGAGGCUAAGCAACCAAGUUUGGGAAAAGAAACCUCUGGUCAAAAUGCCAAGUCAACACAGUUGGCAACAGCUAAAGAAGCAAAGGCUGGCACUGACAAGAAACCAUUGGCUUCCAAAGCAGCUGUUGGCACAGCUGGAACAAUUGCAGCUGCUGGUUUGACUGCUGCAACUGCAGAGACUAAAGAACAUAAACAGGCAUCUCCUACCCCUGUUACUGCAGACAGUAAACCAGCAGAAAAGUCUGAUUUAGAUACUGCCUUAGAUGAUUUAAUAGAUACACUUGGAAGUCCUGAAGAAAAUGAACCACCUGCUCCUACAUAUACUGGACCGGAAGUUUCGGAUCCAAUGUUUUCCUUAAAUAUAGAAGAGUUGGGCAAACGGGAGAGCACAAUUCCUCCAGAAUACAGGAAAUUAUUGGAGAGUAAAGGUGAUGAUAAAAUAGCUUCUCCAUCAGUUGCAGUGGAAGAAUCACAGCCAACAAUGACAGACGAUGACCUUGCAGAUGCGCUGUCAUCUGAUUUCACUUGCACUACUGUACCAUCUGCUGGAGAAAAGGAAGUCAGGCCAAAAGAGCCUGCAGCCAAAGAUGAGCUUUUACAAGCCCAUUCUGCAACAUCAGUCAGCAGUUCAGCUCCUCCCAAAGAGAAGAAACCAAAAUUGGAAGAGGUGACAAUUAGUGAUAGUGCCCUGGAUGCUCUUGUGGACACACUUGGUAUGCCAGAACCUGAACCUGAAGAAGAUACCAGUUCCAUUGUUGAAAUUGAAGAGCCAAAGGCCAUAGAAAGGAAAGAAAAGAAACCUGGUGAACAUGAUGAUACAAUUCCUCCUGAAUACAGAUUAAAACCAACCUUGGACAAAGAUGGGAAGCCACUGUUACCAAUAGCCGAAGAGAAACCAAAGCCAAUUAGUGAGACUGAACUCAUUGAUGAAUUUUCAAAAGAUUUUGUCUGUCCUGCUUCCUCCAUAGAAAAAUCAAAACCAACUGAACUUGCUGAUACAGCUAAGAAACCUGUGGUAGAUGAGCCCCCGAAAGCUCCCAAAGAAAAAGUAGCUGCAUCUGUAGCUCUUCCUGUGCAACCUCUGGCUUCAUCAGAAGUUUCACCAAAGCCCAAGUCAACUAAGCCCCAGAACACAUCCGCAGAAGAAGCUGUCUCAGCUUCAACUGUGCCUUCUGUGAAAUCUUCAGCUCCUACAGUCACUUCUCCAAGCACACAAGCAACUAAUGAAGCACUAGAAGCCUUGUCUGGAAGCCUAGGAAAAAGUGAGCCUGCUCCAGAAGAAAAAAAACCUGCUGUGGAUAAAGUGAAAGAAAAAUCAAAGAAAAAGAAACAUGAGAAACUUGGGGAAAAAGAAGAAACCAUCCCUCCUGAUUACCGAUUAACUGAAGUAAAGGAUAAAGAUGGGAAGCCACUUUUGCCAAAACCUGAAGAAAAGCCUCAGCCCCUGAGUGAAAGUGAACUUCUUGAUGCUUUGUCUGAAGGCUUUUCUUGUUCUACACCAGCAUCAACAACAGAAACACCUGCGAAAUCUACAGCUCCUAGCAAGCCUGCUGUCCCUACGGAAGAGGUGAUUUCUUCUGCUGCUGCUUCUGCUGUACAUUCAUCUGUUCCAAAAGAAGCAGUCAUCCCAGGUAGGAAAGAACUUGAUGACGCUGCAGACCUUCUUGCUGACUCACUGGGACAAAGAGAGCCUGACCCAGAUGAAAACAAACCAGUUUUGGAUAAAGUAAAGGAAAAAGCCAAAGCUGAAUAUAGAGAAAAACUGGGAGAAAGAGAUGAUACAAUCCCUCCUGAAUAUAGACAUCUUUUGGACUCGGAUGAAAAGGGUAAGCCUAUAAAGCCAAAAGAUAAAGAUGGUGAGAAACCCAAAGAACAAACAAAACCAGAUAGUGACUCAGCAGCCAUUGAUGCUCUCUCUGGGGAUUUUGACCAUUGUGGUAAAUCUGUUUCACAGCCACCUUCAACAAAGGAGGAGAAAUCAAAAGGUGCUGCCUCAUCUAAACCUAGGAAGGAGGAAAAGAAAUCCAAAACGCCCAAGAAGGCAAAGGAGCAAUCUUCUGCAAAAUCUGAAAAACAAACAAAAAGUUAAACGUCAUCAGAAUGUUUAUCACCAGUGUGAAAAUUCUUUAUUUUGAUGGACAGCUGCAUUUGAACAAAAGCAAUUUUGCAAAAAGAUAGCAUCUUGGACAUUUUAUGGUAUUGGGCUAUUUUGGCAUGCAAAGCAUUUAUUUUGCUAUUUUCAAGGAUGAACUCAUAUUUUCUAGACACUCACUUUAUUGUCUGUAUUACUGUCAUUUUCUUAAGUUUUGAGAAGAAAAGAAUGCUUUAUAUUUGUAAGAAAGAUAUUUCUUAUGGAUUUAAUAGGAGUGAAAUAUGCAAAAUUUUGCACAUAAUCUACCCACAGUGCCUGUAAAUCUCAGUGAAUCUAGGCUAGCUAUAAAAAGGAAUGCUUUAAACAUGAAUUUGGUUGCCUUCUUAUUUAGGCCAAUUGCCUAUGAGUACUUUUGCUGGAAAACACUUAGGGGAAAAUGAGUAAAUAGUUGCAAAGUUUUCAAAAUUGAAGCAGAGUAGAAACUUCUAUGUUGCAGCCUUGGCUUCUUAUCACAUAAUGAACAGUGCCAUCCUCUAAAACCUGCAUCAUAUGCAAAGCAUUUGUGCUACAUCUUGUCACUGGCUUCCUAGAAGGAUAUCUACAUCCAAACUUAUAGAGAAAGGUAACUGGUACUUUUCCCACCAAUCCCCUCCCCCAAAACUGUUCUAUACUAUCUGCUUUAAUCUGAGCAAUAUGUAACACAAGAGCUGAAUGCAUAGGAUGGCAUAGUACCCAUCCUAGGAAUUGAAAACCUGCAAAGAAUCCUUAUCCUAGUGCAGUGUUUUUCAAACGUAGCAACAUUUGAGAUGUGUGCCUUUCAAUUCCUUUAGUUCCCCAGCCAGCUAUUCUAAGAUUUGAAGUCCACACAUCUUAAACUUGUCAAGUUCAAGAAACACUGUCCUAGUGCAUAGAUAUACGGCACAGCUGAUUUCAGAAUAAUUCUUAAUCAGAUUUCAGUGCUUUCCUUUCUUUAAGUAUUCCAUGCAGGGUAUGUGAGAGAUGGAUAUAGUUCCAGAUUCAGAUGUGCUUUGAAAUCUCUCUCUCUCCACUUGCAUGUUAAAAUGAUCACACAUGUUCUUAGGCAGCUAUAAACUAAACCAACAUUAGUUGCUCUAGGAAUCUUAGCUGUGUGAUUCCUUUUCACCUGCAUGGGGAUUAAAAGAAAGAGCAUGGUGUUUUCUAUCACAAUGUUUACUUUUUUCAAAUGGAUUCAAUAAAAGAUUUCCUUGUGGAUUGCAUCUUUCAUACUGAAGACUGUCCUUAAUUACAUGUAAUGUCAAUACUGAACUGUAUUUGACAUUUUACUGUGGCACACUAAUAAACAUUUUAUGUAUUACUUUA